AUGUCCAUUCCUUUCAUCGUCUCCAAACCAUCGGGUUUGGUUGUUCAGGGCCUCUUUCGUGGCCUGAGCCAUCGGUCAACCGCAACCCGGUUCGGGAUUGCUAUCCAACGGUCUCGUGUCGCGGCACGACUCACGACACCAAUUGUCACCCGAAGAAAUGUCUCCGGGUCAGCUGUAAAUGUUCCGGUGGAGGGGAAGACGGUCGGGAAGGGGAUUGUAAAUGAUAUUCGAUACUUCCUGAACAAUGAGGCUCUUUCCAGAUUCGAUUCGACGUCACCACGACGGUUUAAACUUCCAAGGCUACUGGGACGGAGUCAAUCCGCCUCAUCACUAUCUUCGCUCUCUGCUCCUCCGUCCCAAUCUGUUAAUGCACUUGGGAAGACUGUAUCCCGACGUACUGCUCAACGACGAGCGUUUAAAGCCUACCUGACUCUUACGAAACCACACCUCACCUUCCUCGUCGUCUUGACCUCUAUGGCUUCGUAUUCACUAUACCCGGCCUCAAGUCUCAUAACAUCUUCCGAAAUAACACCAAGUACUACACUAAGUGCGAUUACCUUAUUAUUCCUGACGGUUGGAACGGCACUAUGUUCCGCCUCCGCGAACACUCUCAACAUGUUAGCCGAGCCUCACCUCGACGCUCAGAUGACUCGGACUCGUAACCGCCCGCUCGUCCGGGGGACCAUACCACCUCGAAAUGCCUUACUAUUUGCAAUCUUUGCCGGAGUAUCCGGUGUUACCUGUCUCUUAUACGGCACGAACCCCACGGUUGCUGCACUUGGAUUGUCGAAUAUUAUACUCUAUGCUGGAGUUUAUACGCCGUUGAAGCAGAGACAUGUUAUUAACACCUGGGUUGGAGCUGUUGUCGGUGCUAUACCACCGCUAAUGGGGUGGGCUGCCGCGGCAGGAGAGUUUGCGACUACGGAUAGUGUUUAUGAGGUUUUAUCACACCCCGGUGGAUGGUUAAUCGCUGGACUACUAUAUUGCUGGCAAUUCCCACAUUUCAACAGUCUUAGUCACGGUAUAAGACAUGAAUAUGCAGCAGCCGGAUAUAAAAUGCUUGCAUCUGUGAACCCUGCGAUGAAUGGUCGUGUGGCAGUGAGGUAUAGUAUAGCAUGUUUCCCCGUUUGUAUAGGAUUAAGUAUUUGCGGGGUUACGGACUGGGGGUUUGCGGUUGACAGUAGUUUGUUGAAUGGGUGGAUAACGUACGAGGCGAUAAGGUUUUGGAGGAAUGUUGGGGAGUAUGGAACCGGAAAGAGGUUGUUUUGGGCGAGCGUGUGGCAUUUACCGGGGUUAUUGGUGCUGGCGAUGGCGCAUAAGAAGGGACUGUGGAAGGGGGUUUGGAGGUGGGUCAGUGGCGGUGGAGAGGAAGAUGAGGAGGAUGAGGAUGAAGGGUAUGAUUACUACGAGGUUGCACCGAAGAGUGUAGGUGGGGAUUAUGGGGAAGGAGAAGGAGAGGUAUCGUUAGUCGCUGGGACAGCGAGGUAG